CACGAAAGCCAAACAGAGACAUUCCAUUUCAGUUCCUCAAAACCCUUAACUUCUUCUCGCCGGAAAAAAAAAUUAAUUUCGCCGGGUAAAUCUCCGGCAUGGCAGCAAACCAACCGGAAGCCUACGCCGAUGAUUUCCUCGAGCAAAUUCUCGCUAUUCCUUCCUAUGGCUUGCCGGUUGCUGAUGUUGGCACUCCAUCAGAGACGACGUCGUUUACCUCGGCGUCUGCCGUAUCUCAUCUUAACUCUGCCGCUGCUUCUGGCCUACAGCAACCUUUGUUCCCGUUGGGAUUGAGCUUGGAUAACGGCCGUGAUGACGUCAGCGAAGCUGGUGCUUAUGCAGUGAAGCAUGAAAGAGAUGGAAUGAAUAUCGGAAAUCUAUAUGCAGGUCUAGAACACUUGCAAUCUCAUGCAGUUCGUCACUCUGUGCCUUCUAUUCACCAUGUCCAGCCUUUUCAAGGCCCACCAACAACGAGCACAACAGUAACUGUACCGCACCCACCUUCAAUUCGUCCUAGGGUUCGAGCUCGGAGGGGACAAGCCACAGAUCCACAUAGCAUUGCUGAGAGGCUGAGAAGAGAGAGGAUAUCAGAAAGAAUAAAGGCUUUGCAGGAACUGGUACCCAGCUGCAAUAAGACAGAUAGGGCAGCAAUGCUUGAUGAGAUUCUGGACUAUGUGAAGUUCUUAAGGCUUCAAGUUAAGGUACUGAGCAUGAGUAGGCUGGGAGGAGCCAGUGCAGUGGCACAACUUGUUGCUGACAUUCCAUUGCAAUCUGUGGAGGGGGACAGUGGUGAAAGUAGAUCCAACCAGCAUAUAUGGGAUAAGUGGUCCAAUGUCGACACAGAACAAGAGGUUGCUAAGCUCAUGGAGGAAGACGUCGGUGCAGCCAUGCAAUACCUUCAGUCUAAAUCACUCUGCAUCAUGCCCAUAUCACUUGCUGCACUCAUCUAUCCUACUCAGCAACCGGAUGACCAGUCACUGGUCAAGCCUGAAGCGGCAGCCCCAUCAUAGACCUUCAAUUCGUUGCACGUGCCUCUGAGAACUCCUAAUAGCCUUAUGUUCCCCCUCCUUUGUAUCCUUACCUACCAUCCAUUUGUAUUUUCCUGUGUAAUUGGUGGCAAUGCAAUCAAUGUCAGAUGCCACAACUUUUGCUUUUAUCCCAACCAUUGGCCCUUUUUUUUUUAUUACCUUUCUGGAGUUUCGUCAAACAAGGCAUGAUGUCAUCAUACCUUGGACAAAGGUAAACGUAUGAAAGCACCCAAUCAAUUAGCAUCAUUUUCGGAUGAGGUGAGCUUCUUUUUCAAAGUUAUCUAUGAUUAGCUGCUCUUCUUCCACCAUUUUGUUGUGGGAUUGUGGGGACUCCCUUUAUCCUUUGCAUAGUGGAUGGUGGGGCUUUGUAAAAGUAACCAACUGGUUGUUGUAAAGUAUAUUGUAAUUUUAGUAUAUUAUUGUAAUGGGUAGUUGAAGUUGCUUUCCCUCCAAAAAGUUCUGAAAA